AUGGGCUGUUAUCUACCAAAGCCCAAGACAGAAACAGACCUCGAAGACCUAGAAGGAUGUGGCCUCCGAGUCUCAGCGGGUGCGAUGCAAGGAUGGAGAAUCACUCAAGAAGAUGCGCAUAAUGCUAUUUUAGAGCUGAUGAAGGAUAUUUCAUUGUUUGCGGUUUACGAUGGCCACGGUGGUCAUGAAGUAGCAGAGUGGACUGGAGAGCAUCUCCCAAAGUCGAUUGUCGAGAAGUUUAAAGACAUCAACACGGAUGAUGUGGAAGAAAUAAAGGAGGCAUUGAGCAUUAUCUUCCAUGCGCACGACAAGCGAAUAACGGACAAAGAAGUGGUCAAAAAGCUCCAUGAGAUCGCGAAGAAAGAUUGCCCAAUGCUACGAGACGAGGAGGAGAUGCAAGACGAGGUUAAUGAGCUGAAUUUGGACAUGGAAUUGUCGCGAGAAGAGCUUAUUGCGAAGUAUGGAGGGCCAGGAACCCCAGUUGGCUUUGAAUUGCCGGAGGAUGCGUCUGGAGAGGGAUCGUCGGAGGGUAUGAAAAAAGAUGCCAUAGCACUUGCCCUGGCGAUGUGGGAAGAAGCAUGCGAGAAUGAAUCUGAUGGAUCAGAGGAAGAAGACGAAGAGGCCGAAGAUCAAAACGGAGAAACGGGUGGAAACCCUGUGGCAAAGAGUGAAAGCGAUCCGAAAAUCGAAAAUCUCGAUGUCAAGGAAGAGGAAAAAGAGGCAGGGGAAGUCAAGGAAGUCUCUGAGGACGGCGACGGACGAGCACAAAAACGACGAGCGGAGGAAUCUUCUAGCAGCGUUGAGUUUGACUACGUCCCUCCGGCAAGAAAAUCCAGAACGGAAUUAUCCGCUGAAGAGCGACAAAAACGCCUUGCCGAGGCAAACAACGAAGAUGGAGAAGGCGGCGUCGUCUUUGAAGAUCAUUCCGACGCAAGCUCGACCGACUCUGAAAACUCAGACUACCAGGACAUUCCGGAAAUAGAUCAAAACGCGGCGAACCAAGAAAUUUGUGGACAGGACUCUGGCUGCACCGCUGUGGUCACACUCGUCAAUCACAAGACGAAGAAGAUCAUCACAGCAAAUAUCGGUGAUUCCCGAGGAGUUCUUUCUCGCGGCGGGAAAGCUAUUGAGCUUUCUUUCGACCACAAACCAGAGGAUGAAGAGGAGCUCUCGCGAAUAAAAGCUGCUGGUGGUUUUCUUACCCCUGAUGGACGAGUCAAAGGCGGGUUAAAUCUUUCCCGAGCUUUUGGCGAUCACCAAUACAAGCAAAAUCGAAAACUGCCCCUUUUUCAACAAAUGGUCACUGCCAAACCAGAUUUUACGGUGCAUGACUGGACCGAUGAGGACGAGUUCAUGAUCAUCGCCUGCGACGGCAUUUGGAACUCGAUGACUUCUCAAGAAGGGGUCGAAUUCGUCAGAGAUCGAAUCCAAAAGGAUGUCAAAAUGUCGGAAAUUAUUCAAGAGCUGUUUGACUUGAUUCUAGCGCCCGAUACUGAUGGCCAAGGAUUUCAAAAAGAAUAA